UCUCGCGAGGAUCUCGGGUGCUCAGAAAGUAGGGGGGCACAGAAAUCCACCACAGCAAGACUUGGGGGCCGUUGCUCGAGAGUGGGGAGAGUCCCGUUAGUGUCGGCGCCAGGCGAAGGGACACGGGGACUUAAAGGGAAGGGAAUUCGGUCACUUCCCUCCCCACUCCACUCCCCAGCUCAACUAUAGAAAAAUAUGGGAGACGACAGGCCAUUUGUGUGCAGUGCCCCAGGCUGUGGACAGAGAUUUACAAAUGAAGACCACCUGGCUGUCCAUAAACUCAAGCAUGAGAUGACAUUGAAAUUCGGUCCUUCAAGAACAGAUUCAGUCAUCAUAGCAGAUCAGACACCAACACCAACUCGUUUCCUGAAGAACUGUGAGGAAGUUGGUCUCUUCAAUGAGUUGGCGAGUUCAUUUGAACAUGAAUUCAAGAAAGCCACAGAAGAUGAUGAGAAAAAGUGUUCUGGACCUCUAGAUAUGUCUCUACCCUCUACCCCAGACAUCAAAAUCAAAGAGGAAGAGCCUGUCGAAGUUGAUUCCUCCCCUCCAGAUAGUCCAGUAGGAAGUCCACAGUCACCACAGCCUAAGGAGAAGAGUGCUUCAAAACCUAUUAUCAUUUCCACGCCUACACCCACCAUUGUACGUCCUGGAUCGCUGCCACUGCACUUGGGAUAUGACCCCCUACAUCCAACUCUCCCUUCUCCCACCUCAGUCAUCACCCAGGCUCCACCUUCCAACAGACAGCUUGGGUCUCCUACCAGUUCUGUACCACUUGUCAUGCACCUUGUGAAUGGACAAACCAUGCCUGUCCUUCCUGGCCCACCCGUUCAGAUGCCUUCUGUCAUAUCGCUGGCAAGGCCAAUAUCUGUGGUGCCAAAUAUUCCUGGUAUCCCAGGUCCCCCAGUUAUCAGCAGUGGCUCAAUUUCACCAUCAGGCCUUCCAAUACACUCUGAAGCUAAAAUGAGGCUAAAAGCCAGCCUGACUCAAGGAGUUACUUCCUCACUGAAUGGCAGUAGCAUGAUGGUGGGAUCGGCGAGCACAAUGGUGACAUCCCAUCCUGAACAGGGUCAGAUACUUAUCCAGCACCCUGAUGCACCUUCUCCAGCCCAGCCACAGGUUUCCCCAGCUCAACCCACACCAAGCACAGGUGGUCGACGGAGACGCACAGCAGAUGAAGAUCCAGAUGAACGUAGGCAGCGUUUCUUGGAGAGGAACCGAGCCGCUGCUUCCCGCUGCCGCCAGAAACGCAAGCUCUGGGUGUCAUCCUUGGAGAAGAAGGCAGAAGAGCUCACCACACAGAACAUCCAACUAAGUAAUGAAGUUACGUUAUUAAGGAAUGAAGUUGCUCAACUCAAACAACUAUUGCUGGCUCACAAGGACUGCCCUGUUACUGCAUUACAGAAGAAAACACAAGGUUAUCUUGAAAGCCCCAAAGAGAGUUCUGAGCCUACCGGUUCCCCAGCUCCUGUCAUCCAGCAUGGUUCGGUGACCACAUCUCCCAAUGGGCUGAAUGUCCGCUCUGCAGCUGAAGCCGUUGCCACUUCAGUCCUCACUCAGAUGGCCAACCAAAGGACAGAACUGAACGUGCCCAUACAGUCACAUGUCAUUAUGGCGCCGCAGUCUCAGUCUGCUGGCAGAUGAUGUUGCCAGUUGCAUGGCAUAGAACCAACCAAUGAACUGCAGCCAGAGAGACUGUUCAUAACUAAGCCCCUUGUUCAAAAUGGGGUGGAUACAGUUUUUGUUUUGUUCUUUUGUUUUAUUCUUUCGAUUUCUUAAAAAUGAGUGAAGGGCAGCUAUGGCGCUUCUAACAAAGUAUAUCCCACAUUGGUCCUGGCCUCAAACAGCUGUCAUAGGGCCACUGUCUUUCCAAAGGGUGGCUUUGGAAUAAGUAAUUUUGCCACACUUUAGAGACCAUUUGUCAUCCUAUCUAGAAUCAACCAUUUGUACAGUGUGAUCUUAAAUGGUUAAAGUUCAGGUAUACAUUGUGCUAACACUAAGCCUCCCUUAGUUUGGUUACUCAUGGUGCUUCCUUGUCUUGGCUCCUGUAGCAAGAGAAAGCAGUUCUUGGGAGGAGCUGUCAUGUUUUGCUGGUGCUGGCCAUUUUUUGAAAAACUUUAGCAUCCCCACUGUUUUUGUAGCAUAUCCAUCAACGUGGUACCUGACCUUCAAUUCCACCCUUUCACACAGGAUUCCAACUCAUGGUUCUGGAGGUGGUAAGCUCCAUAAUUUUGUGUGUUUGAACUGUUCAAAUUGUUUUGUGAAGAAAGUAAGAAGCCUUGCUCUUAGCUGCUGCAACUGAUGGGUGAUUUUGCUGUUCUGGAAGUGAAAAUGGCAGGCCUGUUGUAUGCAUUGUAGAUCACAUAAUUUGUACUGUGCAUAUUAUCAGGGAUAUAGCUUUGGUCAUGUUUUUAUUUGGUACAAAUUUUAACCUUUGUAGUUCAAGAGGGAACCAUCAAAACACAAUGGGAAUUCUUUGGUCUUUAAGUUACCAGGUGGGAUGAGUUAAGGAGUAUUUUAGUAAUGAGAAGGAAGAACAUUCACAGGGGCACCUCUUACUGUGUCUAGAAAAAAACAAUGAUUUAUGCCAUUGGAAUGUGGGUAGCUGCAGAAUCAUAGGCAUCACAGUAGCAGGCACAAAGCUUAUACAGCGUCUAACUGCAGGACAUAGCUAAACAAAGUUGAUUUGGGACAAUGUAAGAGUAGCUCAAUGGCAAUUAAACAGGGAGAGGGGAGUAUCUCUGUUCAUGAAUUCAGAAGAUUUCAAUACCCUUAUAAGCCAUGUUCAUUUUAAAAGAUAAUCUGACAUGUUUAACCCAGUGAACUUUUCAAGACGGUGGCCUUAAUCAUGGACUAUUUCAAAGACAAGAGGGUGGGGUAAGCAUUCCAAAUUGCCUCUCCUCUUACCUUUUCCACCCUAUCUCUCCUUCAGGUAAUGUCACCUAUUGCCUUUUUUCCAUCUGUCUCUUCCAAAAUAAAUGCUGAGUGUCUUGCACAUUGCUAUCCUAUGGUAGACUGAAAACAAAAGAAGAAUAGGAAGGAAUAAUUUCUCCUCUUUUCUUCUGCUUCUUGUCAAAGUGUGUGCAGGUAUAUCUCAAAUUGACCUUGACCUCUUGCUAGUUGGCCAAUAUUUAGCUUGAAUCAGGAGCGAGAGGAAAAGGUGCAGUGGGGUAGUUAGAGUAUGGCUAUCAUGAGCUUGCAACAUGCUAACUCUUCCACUAUUUUGUCUUCCUAAUUAUGUUUUUUUUAAUGAAGCAUUGUCCUCUAAGGGGCUUUGUACUCCAUGCUGCCAAUGUAUACAAAGAUUUUCAUUAUUCCUCAGUUUCCACCCACUAGAAAGUGCACAUAUAAUACACGCACAAACACACAUGUAUAUGUAUAUAUGUGUGUAUGUAUAUGUGGCACGCUAAACCUAAUGCAGGUUUUCUCUUAUUAGGUGGAUGCUGUUGCUAUUGUCAUUAUCAAUCCAGUUUCUCAGGACCUUAAUGCCACUUGCUCUCCUACUGUUUCCUUGCCUGAAUAUGAUGAUGUUGCUUCUGUUCUUCUGCGACUUAGUGUUUUAAUUUUAAUUUCUCCUUCUGGGUUCCUUUUCCUUUCUCCUUUGUUUAAAAGAAGCAAAAUGUGUUUUGAAUGUCUGCAGACUUCCUUUCAACAGGCAUUUCAGACAUCCUGUCACUUGUCUUCCCCCCUACCUCCCCCCUUCCCCUUGCUUCCUUGAUAUGCUGAAAAUGCAAGUUGGCAAGGGCUUUGAAAUAUAACUUGUCCCAACAGGGUAUCUGUUUCCUUAGUGACAGCUCCAAUAACAGUGCAUAGCAGGUGCAGCCAGGAUCUUCUCAGGUUAAUAGAACAAGAAACAAGCUUGCUGGCAAGUGGGACAGAUGGCAAGGUAUUUUAGUUUUGAUUUUUUUUUUUUACUUUUUAUUACUUUUUUGCACCUCUCAAAACAUGACUGUACUGCAUUCUUUCGUUUAAAACAACAUUUCAGAAUUCUGCUUGCUGUUGAAUGAACAUAAUGAAGGGCCAGAGAAAGCACUGUAGAAUUUUGGUUGGUCAUAUUUUCCACUGGAAAAUAAGGGACCACAGUAACAUUGGAUCUGCUGUCUGAACUGGUACCUAGAUUGCCACUGACAACUAGUGUUCUGUUGUGAGAAAGAACAAAUGAAGGUGUUUGUAAUCAGUUGCACCAUUGGCCAAUCUAGCUCAAUGCUGUCUCCUUGGGCUAGCAUUGGAGGCAUGGCAAGAGCCCUGGCAAGGAAUAUUGAACUUGGGUGAAAUGUAUCAGGAUUUGCAAGUUAGUGAUAGGCAGGGCCUUGCCAAAUGUGAGUUAAAUUAUGGAUGGAUUUCCUACCGUAGUUCAGAAUGACACCAAAAGACAGGUAUGGCCCAGCAUUGUCCUUUCUCAGUGAAUGUACCGUUCCCUCUAAUAGUUCUGUAGUUGAGACAGAGGGCAUGACACAGUAAACCGUAAUAAUUCAGAGCAAACUGGGUAGAGGGCCGGUGGCUUAAGAAGAGUUCUCCAAACAUCUAACUUAAAAGGCCUGGCUUUUCUUUAUUUUGGGCCAUGAGUGGAGACUCCCAAUCUUUCUCUUAGAUGCCAAUCUUUUUUGUUCUAGAGAAGUUGGCAGUUGAGCCUGGAACUUUCUAUAUGAAAAUCAGUUGGUCUCUAAUAUACUAUAAUGUCUCUCCUAAUUGGAAUUGCCUAAAUGGAUCUGAGGCUGCUUGAAUAACUUUUAGGUAGGGGUGUACAACACACUCCCUCAACCUGGCACCCUCUGGAAGGGCUGGAUGGGGUUGGGACUACAGCUUUCAUUGCCUUAAGAUAAUUUGGCUAUCUUGGCUGGAGUGAUGGGAGUUGUGAUCCAUCACAUUUGAAGAUGCCCGGUUGAGGAAGGCUGAUCAUUAUUAAAGAUCUUGUGGAGUAGAGGUGGCCUUCCUUGUAUGCCAUGAGUUCAUGGUCUGUUACUUGUCCUGCUGUUCAGUCAUUGUCACUCAGCUUGGUUCACUUAAUGCUGUUGCAGAGUGGACAUGUGUUGAAUCUUCAGGCAAUGUGUGAGCUGUGCUCAGGCUCUGAAACAGUAUGUACAAGUGUAGGGACCGUAACAGUCCUGGGGUAAGUAAGAGGCCUUGUGGAAUGGUUUGGUGGGUCUGGUACAGUGCACAAGCUGCCUUCUGUGGGGUGGACAUGCUGUGGUUCAAACCAGGGAGUACAAUUUAAAAGAGCUUUCAUAAAGCCUAUAUUGAGCAUCAUCUCAUUCCAUUAGCCUACCUUAAAAGAGCAUGACUGUAGCUUGGCUCCAGGAGUUCACUGCCCCAGUGCUGGAGUCCAUUGG